AUGCUCUGCUUCUACCGAACCGUUCUGCUCGCGUUGUUGGUUUCGGGUGUCAGUGGCGCCACCAACCGGUCUGCUCGCGCGCCCCGAGUGAGGACGGGCCCGCGGGCCUUGAAUGCGCUGGCGAACAAAAUCAACAUUGAUCUGGACCACCAUCGGGUCAGUGGCCACCGGCUCUUAAUUGUUGGAGUGCUGAAGACCUUGGACAGCAAGACAGAAGGUCAAAUCAGCUCUGCACUACAGCU